GUUAAUUUUAAGUCAGGUCUCUGUCACAUGCUCACAGGGACGAGUGGGGCUCUACACUGUGUACUACGACUGGCCGGUGUUGGAUGUAGUCUGGCUGAACACAGAAAGGGGUUUUUCAGUGGCUCUGCGGCACCGGGAGCAGGAGACGGGUGAAGAAUGAAACGCGGUGACUCGGCCCAGGCGAUGGGAGACACAACACUGAAUGGAACGUCCCGGUCGGGUUCAAUGAGAGGUCCGCACGGCGCCACCGUCAGUUUCCACAACGUUCACUAUAAGGUGAAGCAGGGUGGAGGCCUGCUGAGGAGGAGCACCACAACCAAAGACAUCCUCAUAGACCUCAAUGGGAUCAUGAAACCUGGUCUGAAUGCCAUCCUUGGUGCUACAGGAAGCGGCAAGUCAUCGUUUCUGGACGUGCUGGCAGCCAGGAAGGACCCAGUGGGUCUGUCUGGAGAAGUUCUGAUCAACGGUGCCCCUCAACCUCCAAACUUCAAGUGUCUGUCUGGAUAUGUGGUGCAGGACGAUGUGGUGAUGGGGACACUGACGGUGAAGGAGAACUUCAGUUUCUCAGCGGCGCUGCGCCUCCCCCCCUCAGUGUCGCAGAGGGAGAAGGAGGAGAAGGUGGACAGACUCAUCCAGGAGCUUGGCCUGACCAAAGUCACUCACUCCAGGGUAGGCACCCAGCUGAUUCGUGGUAUCUCUGGAGGGGAGAGGAAGAGAACAAACAUCGGUAUGGAGCUCAUCAUCGACCCCCCCGUCCUCUUCCUGGACGAACCCACCACAGGACUGGAUGCUAGCACCGCUAACUCUGUGCUGCUGCUGCUCAAGAGGAUGGCUAAUCAUGGUCGCACCAUCAUUCUGUCUAUCCACCAACCGCGAUACACCAUCUACCGUCUGUUUGACAGUCUCACCCUGCUGGUUAACGGCAAACAGGUUUACCAUGGACCAGCACAGAGCGCACUCGAGUACUUCUCUCAGAUAGGGUACACCUGCGAGCCCCAUAACAACCCGGCUGACUUCUUCCUGGAUGUCAUCAAUGGAGACUCAACAGCCAUCGCCCUCAACAGUGACCCGCAGGAUCUGGACACAGAGACGGUGUCCAACUCCAGGCGGGGGAUCGAGGAGCGCCUGGUGGAGGAGUACAGGAACUGCAACUACUACAAGGAGACCAAAGCUGAGCUGGAGAGGAUCAUAUUGGGUAAGGAGACGUCGACACGCCCGCCAUUCAGGACCAUCACAUACACCACGGGCUUCCUGACCCAGUUCAGAUGGGUUCUGAAGAGAACCUUCAAGAACCUGAUGCUGAACCCACAGACCUCCGUAGCACAGAUAGCAGUGACCACCUUCCUGGCUCUGAUCGUAGGAAGCAUUUUCUACGACGUCCAAGACAACCAGAGCGGCGUGCAGAACAGGUUCGGCGCCCUCUUCUUCAUCACCGUCAAUCAGUGUUUCAGCUCCUUGUCGUCCGCUGAGCUCUUCAUCGCAGAGAGAAAAAUCUUCACUCACGAGUACAUCAGUGGUUACUACAGAGUGUCUGUGUACUUCCUGUCCAAGAUCCUGUCUGACAUCCUCACUCUGAGAACCGUCCCUGCCAUGAUAUUCAGCUGUGUGGCUUAUUUCCUCGUGGGUUUUAAGGCGACUGUAGAAUCCUUCUUCCUCUUCAUGUUCUCCGUGGUUCUGGUGGCGUACGCGGCCACCUCCAUGGCUCUGGCCAUCUCGGCAGACCAGACCGUGGUGGCCAUCGCCAACAUCUUCAUGACCAUCGCCUGUGUCUUCAUGAUGAUCUUUGCUGGUUUGUUGGUAAAUCUUCCCAGUAUCCCUGUGUGGCUUUCAUGGCUGAAAUACUUUAGUAUACCAAGAUACGGACUCACUGCACUUCAGAUUAAUGAGUUUGUGGGUUUGAAAUUCUGUGGUGGACAAAACAUAUCUAUCACAAUACCUGGACUCAGUUGCACGGGGGAAGAAUUUCUGGAGGAACAGGGCGUGGAUUACUCCAAAUGGGGCUUCUGGCAGAACCACCUGGCCUUGAUUAUCAUGAUCAUCAUCUUCCUCAGCAUCGCAUACCUCAAACUACGAUUCAUCAGGAAGUUCACCUAGACCAUCCUCAUCCUCCUCAUCUUCAUCCUGAUCAACUAUUAUUAGAACGUACAAACCUGCGAUCAUUGACUGUUAGUAAAAUAAUGACUGAAACAGUGAUCCAUCAAUCAGCACUUACUGUCUACUUCCUAAAUGCGACUAGAAACUCCAUCAAAGCUUUGAAGCAUCGUGCCGAAGAGCCGUAGAUCAUGCUAGAUUGCAAGAGGAAACCGGGAAAUUGUGGACAAAGUAUUUUUAAUUCAUUUCACCAAAUCUCAACUUCAGAAGGCUUUCUAUGGGUUAAAUUUUGCGGAAGAAAAACACCUUUAACUUAAUAAAGAAGCCAUUGACAGGCACAUCUGCUGAAUGAGUUUAAUAUUUUUUUAGCUUCAACAAUUCCUCCUCUAAAUCAGUGUUUUAUAAAUAUAUAUGGUGCAUGCAUCCCAUGCAAGACCAAGCCCCUCCAUGGGAUGUACCAUCGACAGAUAGAAGACAGAGUGGCUAGAAAAGGCUGGACUGAAGGACAGCACAGAGGUUCUGAUCAUAGCAGCACAAGAACAGGCAAUCAGAACCAGAUCGGUUGAGGCAGGGGUCUACCACACCAGACAAGACCCAAGAUGCAGGCUGUGCAAAGAUGCCCCUGAGACAGUCCAGCACUUAGUAGCAGGGUGUAAGAUGCUAGCUGGGAAAGCGUACACUGAAAGGCAUAACCAGGUGGCUGGGAGAGUGUACAGGAAUAUCUGUACCGAAUACAGAUUGGAAGUCCCAAAGUCCAAAUGGGAGACACCACCAAAGGUGGUUGAGAAUGGCAGAGCUAAGAUCCUGUGGGACUUCAAGUUCCAGGCUGUCAAGCAGGUGCUGGCUAACCAACCAGACAUUGUGGUGGUCGACAAGGAACAGAAGCAGUAGUGCUCGAUGCAGCAAUCCCGAGCAACGGCACCCAGAUAGCAAAAUUGCUGUGGCUCAGACUUGCCCCACACCGACACUUUCAUCUGGCCCACAUACCGAGUGGGAUGAUGGCACUUGGGCGGUCCGCUCCUGUUUGCCAGAUCUGGGCCAGAACCAAGCUAUAGCAAUGCUGCAUGUGCCACAUAUUUGCCAAGGGUGGCCCAUAUUUGUUUUGUGUUAUUUGGGCCAUAUUCACCAUUUACCACACGGGCCACUUCAGGGUCACAUCCAGAUUACAUGUUGCCAUGAGCACCGCAUCUUUGCCAAAAAAGGCCCACAUUUGAUUUGGCAUAUUUGGGCCAUGUUUGCUAUUAUACAUGUGGGCCACUUCAGGCUCACAUCCAUUUUGUCAGGGCCAGAAGAAGACCAGCAGUGCCGCAUCAUUGCCCGAAGUGGCCCACAUCCGGAUGCUGUCUGGGCAACAUCAGGAAGAAAGAGCAUGAGAAGCUAGAGAAACACCAAGGGCUGAGGGAAGAACUAGAUGGGAUGUGGAAGGUGAAAUCCACAGUAGUCCCAGUGGUAAUAGGAGCACUAGGGGCUGUGACCCCCAAAAUGAGAGAGUGGCUCCAGCAGAUUCCAGGAAGAACAUCUGAGGUCUCUGUCCAGAAGAGUGUGGUCCUAGGAACAGCUGAGAUACUACGUAGAAUGUAUUUGUGUAAGGCUGGUAGCAGGUUGGUUGAAAAGCAGUGUUAGUUUUAUAAAAAGCUGGUUUGUGUGUCACUGUCCGCUUGAUUAUUGCGUAAUACUAUGUUUAUGAAUGAUUUCAAGUUCAACGUUAUUAUCAUCACUUUCUGUGUUUCAAAACAAAGAUGUGCUCUACACAGAUGUUUACACUGUAAAGUCAAUAAAAUAUUUUUUGCGG